GGAAACAGGCCAGGCCUCCCAUCACCGUCUCUUUGUGCCAGCACAUCAGUCCAUUUCUCACCGUCAUAUCCUUUCUCGCCUCAAGACUCCAGCGCAGUGACAGCUGUAGCUGAAGUCUGGCGUCAAGCAUUCCUUACCAUGCCCGAUCCGCCGAGCUCGACGGCACCAGCCAUUGUGCAGGCCAGCAGCGCAAUCCCCGUCGGCCUCAACGAAGCUGCGCUCGACUCCCCGACGUUCCGUGUCACCGCCGCCAACUUCGCCGAGCAAGUCGACGCCAUAGAACGGUGGCUUAACGGUUAUGUCACGUCUACCUCGCGGCUCCUCCACGACUUCCUCACCCUCGAAGAGACGAUAAAUACAUACCUCGCCAAGACGGUGCCUACGGCUGCUGAUGGCGUGGUCGACAAUGACUACACCUUCCUGGCUCUCAAGAGAGUGGGCGAUGGCUGGCGCGACUAUUGGGUGCACAUGUUGAACACCAUGAAGAAGAUGGAUGGCACCAUUGUCGAACCGAUCCGAAACUUCAUCACUGGCGAUCUCCGACACUUCAAGGAAUGCAGGAAAGCGUUGGACAACUCUCAAAGGAUCUUCGACUCGACCCUGGCUCGCUAUGUCAGUCAGUCCAAAACAAAGGAACCGUCUGCUCUCCGCGAGGACGCCUUUGCCGUGUACGAGACCCGAAAAGUAUAUCUCAAGGCGUCAAUGGACUACUGUCAGCUUGCGCCUCAGCUGCGCUUCACGAUGGACAAGCUCAUUGUCAAGAUCUGUACCGAGAGAUGGAAAGAAAUGAAGCGAUCUCGUGAGGCAGUGAGCAGUGCGCAUAAGUGGAAUCAUGAAAUGGACCGUAUCCACGGAUGGUCCAAGGAGAUGGAGGCCUCGGAAGGUGUCUUCAGACGGGAGUUACAGGUCGCCCGAAGGGAUCUUGGAGAGACUGCGCUUGCAGGCUUCAAGCCCUCUCGUGAACUCGAGGACUACAGCACCUCAACCGUCCCCUUUCUUGGUUCUCGUGGCCCUGUCAACAUACGGCUUAAGGACGGCGCGACCGUAGUCUCUGAGAAGCAGGGCUGGUUAUUUCUUCGCACAAUCUCUGGAAAGCCAGCAAGACAUGCUUGGGUCAGGAGAUGGUAUUACUGCAGGGAUGGAAUCUUCGGCUGGUUAAUCCCAGGCCCGCUGGGAGUCCUCCAAGGUGAUGAGAUUGGCGUUCUGCUUUGUAACGCAAAGCCGGCCGUGGGCGAGGAGAGGCGCUUUUGCUUCGAGGUCAAGACAAAGAGCCAAACGAUACUACUCCAAGCAGAGACUCAAGGUGAGCUUACGGAGUGGCUGGAGGUAUUUGAAGUCACCAAGAAACGCGCCUUUGAGACCACGAUAAACCGUGGUAACACCAGCGUUCCGGGUGCCGUGGACCCUGCUUUCUCUAUCUCACCUCCAAGCAUCCCCGAAUUCUCCGCAAAGACGCUUGAUGCUCAGGCGAGCAUAGCCGAUGAGUCUGGGCUCGCCCAUGAACGAUCGAGUACCCUACCUAUCCCUGGUCCUGAUGGUGGGCUCAGUGCGAGGCAGAGUUUCGACAUUAACGGUAGCUUGACUCGCCGCUCCAUCACUGCUCUAGGACGGGACCUUGCUCGAGAAGAAGGCGAGAGCGGUCGAGAGCAUGCGGCUAGGAUCAUCCAGAGGCUUGAUCUUCACCGUAAGGCUACGUUCGGCAGUAUCAACGUCGAGGCCGCUCACGGAAGUGGUGUAGUAUCAGCUGGGGCCGCUGGUCUCAUAUCAUCCAGUAAUAGUCUGGUCCCUGGAUAUCCCAACACCUUUGCAGCCAUGCCUGGUUCGCCUCGACAAACACCAAACAUGCUACCGGCAGUGAAUACACAUAUCGGAGCUCUUGCUCCCCUAACACUCGCAAAACCCCCCUCCAUGACUGGAUUGAGCCGCAUCGCGGUGUUGACUGCAGGAGAGCGGGGUCCCGUGGGCAACAACAGAAAGCUGCCGGCCUCGGUUGUGGCGAAUUAUUGGGGAAGUAAUGUCUGGGGUGCCGUCAAUGCACCUCCACAGCCGGUAUUGCCUAGGCUGGACGACGAUGACCCUAUCGGCGUGGUUGUGCCUGGGACAUCGCAGGCAUCUCUUGGCAAAGGACCGCAACAGUCACACACUGGCGGCGAGGUUUUCCCUCGCAAUUAUCCUUCUGAGCUGAGAGCGCAACAUGCACAGUUCCGACUGAUAUUCCCCGAUGCUCCCCUGGAGGAGAAACUCGUCCUAGUCUUCUGUGCGGCUUGGACCAGUUCACCCGCGCAUGGUCCCGGGAAGCCGGAUAUGGCUGGGGAUGGCCGAAUCUAUGUCACACCCGAUAACAUGUACUUCUACGGCCAGCAAAUAGGACUUGUCACGGCAUACAGCAUCAGCCUUGACAUCAUUACUGAGGUCACGGCAGCACCUGGGAAGGACUGUGAUUUCAUCUUCCUACAUCUGGGCGAUGAUUCUAAUGAGACGGGAUACACCAGGAUCACCAUCAAGAUAUUCCUGGAAGAACUCGGCCUGCUCCAUACCCGUCUAAAUCUUUUGGUUGACGACCUCCAGGCCGAAGAGCCCAUGGAGGUUGAGGCGAUCAUCUCGGCAUUGAUUAAUUUGGAAAAGGAAGAGUUAGAUCGGCCAAGCCCUAGUGUGGAAAGCUGGGAAGAGGUUUCAGCAAAUACCCCCAUUGACGAUGGAACAUCGUCUGGAAGACCAGCUGGCCGAGUAGUCAACGACUUCAGCCCGCGUAUUCGCCCCUCGAAAUCACGAGCAAGACCCGACCACAAGCUCCAUCUGCCAACCAAGGCCGUCGUGUACGAACCCGAGGGAAUGACAGAGCUGGCAGCUGAACGAACCUUUGAGCUCAGUGCCAAGGCCUGCUUCCAUGUUCUAUUUGGAGACAAGAGCUUCGUCUUUCCCAAGCUGUACUUUGAGAGACGAGCACAGCAGAUUGCGCAGGGACCAUGGGCCCUGGUUGAUCAGGGGCGGAUGCGGCGCGACUUCGAGUUCCAGGUUGAUUACAAGGACGUUCUUGGACGAUCCAAGACGGCCAAUGUCAAUGACUACCAAGUGAUUGAGGUCUUCAGUGACCACGUCACAUACGUGGUCACCCAUGUCAAGACAGCGUGGCAUCUGCCCCAUUCGUCAUGGUUCAAGGUCAUCACGAAGAUAGUCAUCACGCAUGUGGCCAAGUCAAAGUGUAAGCUAGCAGUCUACACCAAGAUUGACUGGUCUAAGCUUCCGACCCUAUCGAAGAACUUGGUGGAACGCCAAGCGCUCCAUGACGCUGUAAGCGAUGCCGAGGAUUUGGCAGAGGUUGCUACGGACCAAGUCCGUAAGCUGGGCGCGCGUAGUCGAACGAACAGAGCCAUCCAGGUAUAUGGCCAAAUUGGACAACAGACGGAGGUGGUGGUUUUCUCCCCAGCUACAAAAGAGUCCACCAAGAAGCAAGUUAUCAAGCCGAGAACUUUGACGGCCAUGAUCUUUGAAACUCUCCGGUCCUUCGGGGAGAGCGCAGUGUCGUCGAUCAUCAUGUGGGUUAUCGCAGGACUGCAGAAGGUUUUCGGCGUUAUAACAGCGCACGGGUUCCUUCUAGGUCUUCUCGCAUUCAGCACUUUGACCAACGUGCUGAUAACGUCGAGCGAAAUGUCAACGUGGUGGGGCGAGCGAAGGGCCGUGGGAUUUAUGCAGAAUAUGGGAAUCCGGCCAAACACGAUGAUGAGCAAGGCCGUCUACAUUGCCGACUUGAGCGAAGCGUCUAGGGCUGCCGGCCAGGAGCUCUCGUUCCCACAGAACAGCACGUGUUUUGAUACCUUCAAGGAACUCCUAGAUGCUACGGACAUGGACUCGCCUUGGGAGGAUGCCGGUUCGGCGCUAUCAGCGCCCUCGAGCCAGGCUACGGCUCGUCGACUGCGACGGACAAGACAGCGGCUCGGGUCUUAUCGACAUGACCUGCUUGUAGCCAUGAGGGUGGUCAACAGCGUUGAGCGGGAAAUGCUCCAGUCUGAAUGGGAGAACUGGCUGAUCGAUGAGAAGUCGCUUUGUGACGACCUGGACGUGGUGCUGCGCAGCCAGUCGGAGAACAAGAAGGCGGGCAACAAGAAAAAGCGAAGCGGAAGUCCACAGAAGGUCAUGGAGGCGAUGUCAUCGGAGCGAAGGCGAGAGUUGGAGGAGUGGCGCGACAGUCACUGUGGAAGCUGCAUGAUUGAUCAUCAAGCGGUGAUGAGGCAGCGGAAACUGACGAUGGCAUAAAUGGCGGUGUAUGGUUGCAUUGAAAGCAUCUGGCCAGCGCUGUAGGAGACGGCGUUGUUGAGUUGGGCGGAGCAGUCAUUUAUUUUGAGGGACGGAAGCGAAGCGCUCUCAUGACGGCCCGAUGGUGUGUGUAGAAGGCCUUUAUUUGUUUCAUUGGGUAGAUAGUAGGGUGUGAUGGGAUUAGGGCUUUUAUGUAGAAGUAAAAAGAAAAAAACCUUGAGAUUGAUUGCAUGCCAGGGAGCGAAUUGAUGUAAC